AGCUCUGUAAUCCGAUCGGUCCGAAUAAAUACAAGCAUGCGCUGCGAUCCCAUGUCCCGGGGGAAAAACACGACAACAGCGAGAACCGAAAUUUUUGGAAUUCAGUCGAUCAAACGUACGCAUAUACCUUCUCAUUAGGCUACUUGACUUGCUGUGAGCCAGGCGCAUCGCCCAGUGCGACCCGGACACCAUGGCAGCCGCGUGGCCUCAAGUGAUGGUGUGGCCCACCGCGCUCCGCGAGCACGCAACUCAUCUCAGCAAGCACCUGCGAGACAUCCUCCUCAACAUCGAACGCUCGCAGGAUCAACCAGUGCCCUCCGAUCAGGUCAAAAAUAUCAUUAUGGGCACGCUCGGCCUGGUCCUUAAGAUGCAGAACAACCCCGACGUCAGCACGAUCCGCGACGCGCUCAG